UUGCGCUUGUUUGGGAAUAGGAAAGAAUGAAAGGUUUUUUGACAACAUUUGAGAAAUUUUACAAUAAAAAUUCGAUAUUCUCCUCAAACUUGUUUAUAUACAGUGUUAAAGAUGGACUGAUUACGCCCAAAAGAUAAGUGAGCGAAAUUUGCGUGUUUGAAUGUGUUGAUUCAAGUUCAGGUUAUGUUUCCAACUUUCAUAAGCAUACUAGAUAUUCAGUCGUGGUGGGAGGUUCCCAGCAUUGCUCACUUUUGCUCUCUUUUUCGUACCGCUUUUAAUCUUCUGGACUUUGACAUUGAAGAUUUAGAGGAGGCCUUACUAACAGACGGUACUGAGGAGACCUCUUGGCUACAAGAACUGAUAGUAAGACUAUUGAGCGGCUGCCUGCCCAACAAUGAAAUAUCCACCUUCAAUUAUCAGAUGUUUCUGAGGAGACUUUUUAGGCAAAAAUGUCAGGAACAUGACCGGUACAACCCUUUUAAUACAGACUGCGACUUUACCUUGUUACCUUUGAGGACCAAAGUUGAUAUUUUACAUGCUUUAUGUGAUUUUCGAUUAGAUGCAGAGGAUGUUCUAGAUCAACUAAAGAAUCUUGAAGCAGAUAGUUUAAGGGUGGAACCGCUUGGGUACGACCAAAACGAUUCCGCUUAUUGGUACUUUUACGGUACGCGUCUCUAUCGAGAAGAUUUUCAGAAGAAGAACAAUAAGAAAAAAGCCAUUUGGCAAGUGAUCUGUUUUACCGAGGACGACUGGUUCCAGCUGACCAAGAAAUUCAAAAAUUCGACAGUGAAAAACGAGCGAGCUCUCUACCACACUUUAAGUAAGAAUUUCUUACCGGAACUGCCCAGACUUUUUAAAGAAAAGGAGAGACAAGCGAGGAGGCGUCUGUUGGAAAACCAACCCAGAAGAACUUCAGAUAGGAUAAGGAAAUUGGAUACUGACUUACCCGAAAGCGCUGAAGUAAGUAAAGUCCUAGAAGAAGAGCCUGAUAAGGACAUACCGGUUAAGAAGAGAGAAGAACUUUCCAAGAAAGAAUUGACUGAUAAAAAACCUUUAAGGUUAAAAGAGGAAGUUAACGAAGAGGAAUCGGAAUCGCGGCAUGAGAUGGUCGCGAAAAAACGAGGCAGAACCAAGCAAAGGAAAGUGUCCACUGAUUCAAACGAAUCCGUAAAAGAUGUAUCACAGCCCAAGAGGAAAAAGACCCGGGCAUCAGAAAAACAACUUGAAGAAGUCUCGAAACCGCCAGUUAAGCCAAGCGUUGGGAGACAAACCAACAAUUCCCUAUCCGCCUUUGAUGGGCAAAUUGUACUUCCACAAGCCAACCCACCUCCUACCACCAAUAAGAAGAAACUUAAAACAUCACAAGUAUUUCAACAAACCGAUGAGGAUCUCUUGGUGGGAAUGCACAAGAUCCUCGACUACGUGAAAAAUCACGAAGACGCGUGGCCUUUUGUGGACCCGGUGGAAGAAGAAUACGCGCCCAAUUACUAUUCCAUUAUUAGACGGCCAAUGGAUUUGACCAAAAUGGAAGAGCGACUGGACCAAGGAUAUUACAAGAGCUUCGAUAAGUUCAAGGGGGAUUUCCAGCUAAUCGUGAACAAUUGCAGACUCUAUAAUGGGGCAGAAAAUGAGUAUACUCAAAUGGUGGAUGUACUAGUGAAAGUGUUCGAGAAAGCAACCGAGAAGUACCUGGACGAAAUUUCCUCUUCGGAUGAGGAGAUCGCCGUGGAAAACCUCCACUUGGAGGAGGUCGUCGAGGAGGUGAAGAGCCAAAAACAGAAAAAGAAGAAAUCGGAGUCGCCUCCGAGAACCUCGAACAGAGGUAGGAAACCCGCUUUGGCAGCCCAAGGAAAGAAAAGGGAACGGACGCAUAGUGAGGAAAGCGAGGAAUUCAGUGAAGAGGAGGUGUACGAGCCGAAAUCGAAACGUUCGAAAAAACCAGAGAAAGAAGUUAAGAAGGAGGAGAAACCCAAGAAGGCGGAAAAAGAAUCAAAGAAAUCUGAGAAGAACAGCGGCAAAAGUGAAAAGGAAAAGUUGAAAGAGGAGUCGAGUAAAGUGGAGGCGAAGAAGAUCGACAAAGAGGGCAAACGUUCAAAGGGGGACGGCGAGAAAGAACAUAAGAAACAAGAGAAAACGAGGAAGGAGGAGAGCAAGCAAGAGUCUAAGAAAAAGAACAAGAUUAAGGAAAAAAAGCCCAAAAAAAGAGGUCGAAAAAAGAAAAAACCGAGUCCUGCAAGAAAGAGGAGUCCGAGCAAAAGUUCAAUUAGCCGAACGCCGAGUCCGUGUUCGGUCAGGAGCGUUUUAACUACCCCGCCCCCAUCCAGCCCCGAACCCGAAAUAAUCCACGAAAAACCCCCUUGUAAUAAAGAAACUUUAAAGGAGGCGAAAAAGCCGCUAUUCCCUUGGGAAGAGUUUAACGACGAGCCUCCGUUGAGCCCCCCGGAAGCCAAAGGUCCUACGGACAAGAAAUUGGACCAGGAGGUACCGCCGUAUUCGCCGCUCGCGUUUUCACUUAAACCGGCCAAAGAUAAACACAACAAAUUGAGGGAAACCAUUGAGAAGUUGAAGGCGAAAAGUGAAAUUAGCAGGUUACAAACACCACCGGAUGACUUCGAAAUAGACGACCACCUGAAGGAAAACAAGGACAAAAAUAAGAAAUGCGAUGACAAACAUACCAAGACGCAUCACAAGGAUAAGAACACCAACAACAGUCACAACAGCCAGAAACCAAAAAAGAACCAUCACCAUGGCCACGAGCAAUCCGACUUAAUAGAACCCUUAAAUCAAACCUCGCAUUCGGAUAAAAAAUCAUCAUCAAAAAAGAAGGAAAAAGAAAAGUUGAUGUCGGAGGCGAGUCAGCCGCCUCCGGCCCUACCGAAACCGGCCAAACAGUCGAAUUUUGAGGCGCUCAGUUUAGCUACGGAACAGACCCUUAAGGAUAUCAAUAAAUGGCUCGAUGACACCCCGAAAUUCGGCGAUUUCAGUUCGGCGAGUAAUUCCCCGUCGUAUAUGAUGGCCCUGGACGAUUUCGAUUUGUUGGGUACCCCGAGGCCUUUUGAACAAAAGAAGGUGGAAAAACCAAUAAUACCCGCUCCAAUGACCAUAGCUCCCACCACAAUGCCCUCGGCUCCACCGAAAAAAGACGCGGUACCAUCACCCGCCGUCCCCGUAUCAAAAGAAACCAAGAAAAAGCCGUUCAGAGACCCGUCGAAAUUCUUUAAUAAACGCCGCGAGGUCCAACGUACCAUAGACCGGCUACAACCGGGCAAAAGUAAGGGCAAUUUGAUCACGAACGUGCAAAACGCCACCAAAACCGACGAGAUUUUCCCGCUGGGACCCCUGUCCAAGAUGAAGGACCCGAAAAACUCGCUGAUCGUGAAGACGGACACGAACGCGCCGAAACUGAGCCUCGGCUCCGUCCUGGACAGUUUCGGGAAGCACAAGUUCGUCGACGACCAGAAGAAAGACGAGGAGGAGCAGGAGGAGACGGAGAAGAAGGAAAAACGGGAGUUAACUGCGAGUGCGGAACAGAAAAAGGAGGAGGCUGAUCAGAUCGGCGAGGAGGCUAAAAAGGAGGACAAGGAUAAAGAGGUUAAAGAGGACGUUCCUGAGGCCACAGUACCACCUCCAAAAGAUGGAAAGGAUGUGAAAGAAACUAAACCGGUAGAAGAUCCAAACGCCGGAGGCCCCACUCCCAAUUUGAGCGCCUGGUUUAAAGCUUUUGGUGCCCCGAAGGCACCGCCACCCCAAAAGAAACCCGACAAACCGGACGCGAAGGAGGAAGAAACUGCCCCGGCGGGCAGUAAAUCUGAGCGGGUGCCCCCCGGGGAUCCCUCGCCCAGUCUCGAAAGUCCCCAAACGGUCUCGAGGCAAAGGAGGAUCAGUACCGGGAGCAGCAUGUCAGAAAGAUCCUCCUUUAGUCAAGACUUGGACUCGCCAAGGGUGGGCAUGGAGGAAAGGGGAGCAUAUCCAGCUCCGUACCCAUCGCCUUUACACAGAUCGCCAAGUAGCGGCGCUUCGCCUGUGAUGGCCUCCCCGAGGCCGGACAUAUCGCCACGUCAAUAUCCGUUUAACGGGGGUCAACUGCGGGUCGGAUUUUACCAAGACACCGUGGCCUCGAGUAAAUCGAGUCCGGAUAAGUCGUGCAGUCCCCGGGAGAAUCCGGCUAAUAGUCCGUACUACGGCACCUCCGGGGAGCACGUUUAUGCUCCCAAUACUACUCAGGGGGGAUAUAGUGCGUCGUAUACUGGUACUAGUCCGUACUAUACACACCCGCCGAAUUAUAGCAGUACCAAUCCAACUCCCCCGUAUAACUUGGAUGGAAGCAGUAACGCUUAUUAUGAUACCAGCAAGAUUGUUGAUCAUUACCAGGCGAAACCGUCACAAAAUUACACGGCAAACUCGCCGGCGAGCAGUCAGGCCUCGCCCGCCCCCCAGCCCCAAUUGUCGCCCCACUCGCCGAACGUGCAUCCCCAAACGUCGCCCUCGAUCCACUCGCCGAGCGUGCACUCGCCCUCCAUGCACUCGCCCAGCGUCCAUUCCAGUCAGCACUCGCACUCCCCGCAGCUGCCCAGUCCCGGACAGUCGUUACACUCGCCCGGGAUGAGUGUCGUUUCGCCACAGGUAAACUCACCGGGAGUGCAAAACUCCCCGAUUAUGGCAGUGAAUUCACCCGUAAACCCAACCAGCGUGGAGUCGUACCAUCCCCAACCGGAGGACAUGCCGGAGAGCCACCCAAGCGCGACAGAAAACGUCAGCAACGACGUUAUUUCCGCUCACAACCAACCACCGGUUUUCCCGGUAAAGAAACGUGCCUUCCUCGACUCGGACCUGACCACGCAAUUCGCCGCCUUACAAGAAGAAAUGGCGAAUCGUAGCCAACAGAUCCAGCAGUUAACGAAAGUGCCGCAAGAGGAGGCCGCGCAACAAAUGUUGCAACAGCAACACCAGCACCACAAGCAACAACUCCAGGAGCAAAUGGCGCAGAAGUUGCAUCAGCAGCACGUGAAAGAGACGCAGGACAUGUACCAGAAGCAUCAAGAACAACUGGCGCAGACCAUGCUUCAGAAACACCAGGAGCAACUUCACAAAGAACAGCUGCAACAGGCGCAGAACAUGAUCCAAAAGCACCAGGAGCACCUGCAAAAGCAACAGAUGCAAGAAACUCAGGACAUGCUUCAGAAACACCAUCAGCAGCUGCAAAAACAAAAGUUACAGGAGCAACAGCAGCAACAAGCGGCGGCGGCGGCCGCCGCCCAGCUGCAACAGCAACAACAACAGAAAGCCCAACAGAUGUUACAACAACAACAGGAGCAACAAAAGGCCCAACAGCUUUUGCAGGAGCAACAAAAACAGCUGCUCCAAGAGCAAAAGAAGCAGCAACAGCAAAAGGAGCUGCAGAUGUUGCAGCAGGAACGUAACUUGCAACUGUUGCAGCAACACGCGAUGGCGGCCGCUUUCGGAAAGGCGGGCAGCACCUCGAGUGGUUCUUUGAGGACGCCCUCGCCGCCCUCGAUGGAACAGACGCAGCAGCAGCAGGCCGGGCAGCCGCAGCAAUCGGCUCAACGGGCUCAUCAGCAAACUAACGCGCAUGCAGGUGUAGACUCCGCAGCCGCAACGGUGCGAAGUAUGUCCUAUCCGGUAGCGACUACCGCCCAAUACACCGCCAAUUUCAACACUCGAGAUGCAUAUCCAUUGAACGUAUCUGCGGCGCGGUCGUUACCGUCGCCGCACCAACAAAAACUCGACAUGUCCAAGUUUACUAAUAUGGGUUAUAGCGGACCAGAAGUGAAUUUUUCACGUGCGUUACAGCAACAAUAUUCCAGGGCGGAACUGGCGAAUUAUACGAGGACCACCGUGCAAUCGGCCAUAUCGCAGGCUUCGCAGCUUCUAAAUUCUCAUUCGUCCCUUACGAGCACCAGCCAACCGUCGGCGUCUAGCGUCAGUUCGUUGCCCGGUUACCAAAAGACGGCGACCAAUCAGCAACAGGCGCACGGCGCCACCUACCAUCAGUCCGGUCGCGCUGUGGAUUCGGUGGCGGAACGUCUGGCGGCUCAGGUGCAACAAGAGGCCGCAGGGUACAAACAAGACGGCAGGAGCAGCUACAAUUCGACCCCGAUAGAUCUGGAACAGGCCCUGGGCAUAAGUCGGUCGAACAUCUCGAAUAUCGUGGAUCGUUACGGGAACGAGCAGCGGAUGAUGGCGGCCGCCGGAUUACAGUCUGCCGCCACGAAUCCUUAUUAUACCGAUAAAGGUUUAGGCACCACCUCGCACAUGUUCAACAAGCAACUGUUCGGUCAAGGUAACGCGAUGGCGGCAGCGAUGGGCUACGGACAGCAACAGGCGCAAUCUCAACAGGUGCAGUCACAGUCGCAAAGCGCCGUUGCCGCCGCCGCCGCUCAGUCCCUUUAUGGCAGACAAAUGGCUGCGGAACUUCAGGCCCAAAUGUCCGCGGCCGACGUUAAAUCGGGCGUGUCGGCCGGCCAACAACAGCAACAACAACAAGUCGUCUCCGAACGGAAGCCAAAGAAGAAGAAAAGCAGUAGCAAAGGUUCUUCCUCAGAAAGCACUUCCUCAUUGGGCACAAGCAGCCAAUCCUCCCAAGCGGCGCUCGCCCAAGGUUCGUCGAUGGCGGGCCAAUCGCAACAACAGCAACCACCCCCGCAACAACAACAACAACAGCAACACGGCUUCCAAUCGUACGCAGGCCUAAAAGCGAACCCGAGCGGCAGUGGCGGAGCCCCAUCCAACCCCCCGACCUCGUCCCUGGACGCCCUAAAAUCGACCAGUUCAGUGCCGGGGAGCGCGUUCAAUUUCGGCUCCGGUACCCUCGGUCUGCCCGACAGUCCCUACUCGAAUUUACUCGACGAUUUCCGAGGUACCCCGAACUACUUUAUGGGCGGGGCGACGAAUGCAGCGAAGCCGGGUCAGGCGCAAGCGCAGGCGGGGUAUCCGCCCUUUUUAAAUCCGGCGGCCGCCCAUCAGAGUCGUACCGCCGGUUAUCCGCCGUUGGGCGGACCGUUUAUGGACACGUCCUCCCAACUGUACCAACAUUAUUUGCAGGCGGGGGUGUUGAAUCAUCAGGGGCUGUACCAUACGACGCCCGGGUACCAUCCCGCGUUGGCGAUGCGACAGCCUUACGAUUCGAUGUCGCGACAUUCGUGGCUGUAGGGGUACUACAAGUAGGAUUUUUUAGGGUUUAUGGUGGUUUUGAUUUAUUAUGUGUGUUUUUUGGGGUUUAUGUAUAACAUCGUCAAAAGUAAACGAAGAGCCCUUUUCAUGCGAGGUGUCUUAUAUGCUACUGUUCCCGUCGCGUCUUUUACGGUGUUGCAAGACCUGAAUUACGGGAUACUUUAUAUAAAAAAAAAAAACAGAGUCAACGUUGUGUAAAUUGAAUACUUUUAUAAUGUUUUCCUAGGAAUUUUUUUUAAAGAUAUUUUGUUUACUCAAUACUCAAAUAUUUAUUUCCAUAGACUCAUGCAAAUAAGUAUCGGAUAAUGUCAAAAAAUAAAAGUAUAAGACCUACAUACAUACAACAACUUUUAAAAGGCCUUAAGAAAAAACAAUAAAAAAUCUACAAUUAACUAAAAACUAAGAAUAUAAGAAAACUACAGCUUUUAACAAACAAACAAAUACGAGUUAUGGGAGUAGAGACGAGACGCUGCAAUUCAAAUAUUCUAUUACCGUAGAAAAGGAAUUUUUAAUUAAAAUCCUUUUCAAUAAAGCUUUGAAAUUACUAACAUUCUCAUUUUUCUUUUUAUUUCGAUGGGAAGAUUAUUGUAUAAUUUAAUUGGUAAAACUAAUGGGCCACUUUGGUUAAUUUAUGUUUGGAUAAAUGCAAAUUCAAGUUAACCCUAAGUUCAUAGUGGGUACCUCUAGACAAAGAAUAGUCCGACAGGUUAUGGAAAUGGCAUAAUUUUCAAGUGUUCUACAAUAAAAUGUAAAGGCUUAAAUAAAAUAGUUUAAAUUAUUUUUUUCUGGGCUGUAAGAACUUCACCCUUUAUAGAACAGUUGCCCCAAUACAUUAUGCCAUAUGACAAGCAUGACUGGGCAUAACCAUAGUAAAAAAGAAGUAUCAGGCCAAUAUUGAUUUUGAACUGCCAGAUCACAUAGAUAUAGAUUGAUCAUUUCUUUAAAACCAUAUUUACAUGAUAAGACUAACUAAGAUGUUCAUCAUUUAAUAUUCCCAAGUACUUGACAAUUUUAUUUUGUUCCAUGAUUUAUUAAAACAGAAUAAUAAUAAUAAUAUUUAUUUAGCAUAAAAAAGCGAAAUAUAUAUAGAUCAAAUUAGGGAGUACUAAUUCCUCUAGAUCUCUUAACUAUGUAAUGCGAUUUUGACGUCAGGCUAAAUUUGUAUGCCUGGAACCUAAAGAUGAUUGUGAGAGAACUGUUGAUUUUUUCUUCAUAAUUCCACCAGUUCUGAGGUAUUUCGGUCCCUGUUAUUCUAAUGAGACCAAAAGGAAAUUUGUACCUUUUGGUAAAAGUUUGUAGUAGCGAUAUUCACACAAAUACCCCAGAAAAGUAUAGUUUUAGUAGUAAAACCUUUUCCUACUUAAGCAUUAUUCCUAUUUUUAACCCAACAUACGUUAACAUAAAGUUUGCUUAUACUAAAGCAUUUUACUCUGCUCUUCUUAUAAAACCCCCAAUACUUUCUAUGAUUGGCAUUCGGUACUUGAUAGCAUUUAAAAAAUUUCACGUACAAUUAUUAGUCGGUCUUUUAUGUACCUAUAAGAACAAAACCCCCUUGUAUUGUUCCGACUCUGAAUAGCAUGCAGCACAGCUGAUACGCUCAAAAAUAUUCCGAGUAUAGUAAUAAAACCUUGUGACGUCACGGAAUCACAUGUUUCCUGUCACCUGGAACCAAUUUAAGAUGCGACGGCCCUUCUGAAGGUUUUAAUAGAAUCUUCGCUAGGGCGGUUUUAAUUAUAGGAAAUUCUUCGGGGGAAUUGGGUCACAUUGGGUUGGGUUUUGGGUUUGUAAGAUAUUAUGUAUUUAGCGACUUUUUUAAGAUAUAUUAAUAGUUUUACAAAGAAUUCAUUAAUAUUUUAAAAAAUAAUCAGAAUUUUUCAGGCAAAAAAAAUGAUUUCAUAAGAAUUGAUGAAUGAACAAUUUUAGCUUUUCUACCCUAUUUUGAUGGGCACUCGUUGCCAAAAUCAUCUGAAAACGUAUUUUUUUUAACUAUAAUCCAUAGUGAAAGACAACAAGAAACAAAUAAAAAUAAUCUUAAAAGAAAAAUCUCUAUUUCCCAUAAUACAUUUAACUUGUCUCAUAAGUAUAAAUUGUUAGAGAGAACUCCCUUAGGAGUUGCCCCUUAAUCUGAUCCCAAAAUUGAACACACUCAUGCCAACAAAAACUAAUGAUUUCACAAUGACUGGCCUGAUUCUUUAAUCCCAUAUUAACUUCUAUAAUAAAAACCUGUAUUUUCUCGACCCGAUGUACUUAAGUAAAAUUACUCCCACGACAGCUAAGUUCUAAUUAACACAAUAAUACCAGAUGUCGUCGAGACUUUAUUACAUUCACCUAUCAUAGCAAACCAUCACUUAAAAUCUUGUCCGUAUUAAAAUAAUUGCAAGCGACUUUAACUAACACUAAUAACCGAACACGAGUUAUCAUCAUCAACGUCUUGUCAUUUUUAAGAGGAAACCAACAAAUUACUAAAUUAGCGGUUCUGUUUAUCUCGCAAAUAAUCGCUUGCCGCUUCACCUAGAUUUUUAGCAGGAAAUCUACGUCUGUUUGUGAACAAAUAGAUCACGCGAUCACUAUAAUUUAGUGUUGAAUAGGAUUUUGGGAUAUUUGUCUUGUUGUAAGCAAAAAUUCUUGCAGAGAAUCUUAUUCCAGGCAUUAUUUCUUUAUUUUCUGGGCAGUCAGGAUCAUUUUUGUACUCGUUAAAGAAACUUCAGAAAUGUAUUAUCUUCGAGGGUUUAUUUUUAACGAAACCAAGGAAAUGAGUAAAAAUUCUUAUGAAACAAGAAAAAUCGAUAAUGAGUGUAUCGUUGUACGCUGAGUUUGCUUAAUAAAUAAAACACACUUCUUGUAUUCAGUGUAUAAUAAAUUGAAAAUUGCUGCCUAGCGCUUUCGACCGUAGCCCAUCAUCAGGGCUUAAAACAUUGUCAAAGCAACGACACUAUUCAAAAAAAAAAAUGAGACACAACAUAUUUGCCUAUUGGUUACUUAAGUAAAGUAGAGUAAGGAGAACGUAAGGAACCUUAAUAUGUUGUGUACCGUUUUUUUUUAAUAGUGUCGUUGCUUUGACAGUGUCUUAAGUCCUAAUGAUGGCCUACGGUCGAAAGCGCUUGGCAGAAAGCAAUUUUUUAAUUUAUUAUAGAAAAAUCGACUCUAUGUGCCAGAAAUUAACAAAACAGUUCUCUUGAAUGUCUGGAAGGCAAACAAAUUGAUUCAUAUGCUUUGGGGUAAAACAUAAAAUUUAUUGGAAGACUUCAACGCCUAUUCUAACAAUUUUAAAUAAUUUUUAUUAAAAUACAAGUCAGCAAGCAGUAGAAAGAAAAUUGGUUUUUCUUUUUCUUUACAUCCUCGGCACUACAGCCAGAAGGUCUCGUUUAGUGAGCAAAAAUUAAUUUUUAAUUUGAUUUUAAGGCAACAAAAAUAAUUCCAGGCAAUAUUUGUUCCUUUUUUUUUCCAAGCAGUCGAGCAGUCGUUUUUGUACUCAUUAAGUAAAUUCAAUAAUUUUAUUAGGUUCCAGGGUUUUUUUUUUUAACAAAACCAAGGAAAUGUUAAAAAAUAGCAAAUUCUUAAAUGUCUGGCAAACAAAUAAAUUGAUGUACAUGCUUAGAAGUAACAAACAAGAUUCUCUGAAAUACUAGAACGCAUAUUCUAAUAAUGUUAAUUAAUUAAUGUUAAAAUAUAGGCAGAAAGUACGAAGAAAACUGGCUUUUCUAAGCCAGAAAAAUAAAUAUUAUUUUUUCAGGAAUUCUCAUAGAUAAUAUAAACACUAACAAAAGGGUCUGUAACGUCCCAUUUAGUGAGCAAAUCAAGGCAUCAAUCGCCCUAAUUACUUCAGACGUUUUAGACAUAUAGAAAUAUGAAACCAAAGGUUUUUUUUCAGUCGUUUUUCUCCUAAUUAUCCCUCCGGAAAGCGCCAAAAAAUUGCCUAAGCGCCUUUUUAAACGCCUAAAGGAGUAACAUAUUGAUCUAUAUCGUGCCUAGACGAAAUAAAUAAUUAAGCCGAAUACCUGAAAGUCCUCGAUUGAUAAAGUACUUAAAAUUAACGAAUAUUCCAACAAUUAGUAUAGAAUUAACUAUGUGAUGCUUACUUUUAAGUUAAUUUGGAGGCGUUAUUUGUGUAUUUUCCAGGCAGACAUAAUUCUACUCAUUGAAUAAGUAAAAAAAAAUGUUUAAUUCUUCCCAGGAAGGAGUUUUAAGGUUGCUUAUUUUAGAUGUUUAUUUAUAGACCUAUGAAUAUAAAUUUAUUUCUUCCAGGCAUUUAAAAGUGUUUUUAGCUAAUUGUGGCUCCAGAAAAGCCUGGACUAGACCGAAAUAUUGCCAACGCCUAAAAUAAGAAAAACAGGUUUUGAAAGAUGAAAAUUAUUCUAAAAAAUGUGCCUGGAUAAAAUAAAUAAUGCUGCCAAUUUCUUGAAAGCUUCCAUGUUUAGAACAAUGAUCUCAAAUACAUGGCAAAUAUUCUUUUUUAAGCUGGAGAAUUAAAAAAAAGAUAUUCAUAUUUCAUAUGCUUACACAAUUUCUUGGAUGACUUCAACAAAUAUUUCAGCAAUUUUAAUUCAGGCUUACGGACGGUAAAAGUCGAUUUUUCCAAACAUUUAAUUUAGGCAUUUGAUACAUCUUCUAUUAAAUUCCGAUUGGUUGGGCUAAUUUUUCUCAUUGCAGUAUUCUUUCACUUUUCUCAUUUGAUAGAAAAAUGUCAAUCGUAUUCAUUUAGAUUAUACGUUUUUAUGCUUAAAUUGCUAUUUUGUUUAUCUAAGGCUUUUCAAACUUUCGUUAUGCGAGUACUAAAUUUUUUCGGAGUCUUACAAUUUAUUGUUUAAAAAAGUAUACUACGUUAAAGAUGCCUUCUACACGAGGUAAUAUUUAGAAUAUUGUAGAUAGUGUUUCCUGUAGGCUAGUCGUUUUUGUUUGUGCUUUCUAAAUAUUUCUCUAUAAUUUUAUUCAAGUUUGCUAGUUUUGUAUACGAACAUAUGAUUCCAAACUUUUAUGAGAGAGUUAAAAAUUGCUUUUGUGACUCUUGCUGAGUUCAGCCCUAUUUUGAGCAGCAAUGUCAUAUUGCAAUAGUACUUUAAAUGUAUAAUGAGAAUCUCCUUAUAAUGGUUUUAUGCUUAUUCAUUAUUUUUUUACAGCUAAGAAUAAUUGGUAAAUACCAGGCAGUUAAACUAAUUCUUUAAGCCACACUGUUGAAUUUUUGUUUAUUAUUGAUAUCUUGCUAUUGAAGUUAUUUUUUCCAGGUAGUUGAGUUAUUGAUUACUCGAUUCCACGCAGUCGAAUUAAAUAUAAAAUUGAAUAGUGGCUGCUUUUAUAUUAAUAAAAAAUGGUGGUGGUAAUUCCUAUGUUGGAAAACAUUGAAUGAACGCGAUACUAUUAAAGGACUUUUAAAAAAGACAAAUCCAGGCUAAUUUAAAGCCUCUCGAAAAUAUUAACCUUUGGCAUAUCCCUUUGUAAUUCAGAAACUAAUAAAGAUUUUGCAACACCUUAAACGGAUUCGCAACCUCAAAACUGGCAAAGUUUUUCUAAUAUUCUAAUUUAACAGUGGCAUACUUUAUUUAAGGCACUUUUACAUGCAUAUUUAUUUCCUGUCCUUGCAAAAAAAGUCAAAACAUUUAGGUAUUAUUCCCUAUCAAUUAUGAAUUGAAACGACGAAUUUACACCAUACACGCUGUAAAAAAAAGGCUGUUGAAUUCACUAAGUUCCAAUUUACGAUAUAACCUGACAGCGUUUUAAAAAUUCGUCUAAAAGUCUAGUAGCUUAAGCUCUACCUAAACGUAAUUUAAUAAUGGUUAAGUGCAAACGACGGUAUAACCAAUUAAAAGGUUCUUAAUGUGUAUUAUUUUGUUUGUUUCUUUUUUAUUUCUUCUUAAUUUAUCUUAGGCUAGAUGUGAUUAGUUGCCGGCUCGCAGAGCCAUCUACUUGUUUAUAUAAUUUUUUGUUUGAAUGUAGCUAAGAUGAAAGUUAUUGUUGUUUUAUUGUCGAUUCCGUAGAAGCGGCAUGCAUGAUUUCAAAAUUUUACUCAAAAAGUGCUUCA